ACCAUUGUUUUGGUCUUCGCUAUAUUAGUUCGGAAACGCAUUUUUGUACUCAGAUGUUAAUUUUCAAAAAAGUCGAAAUAAUUGUAAGUUAUUCAUUAGAUUGAUUGGAAAUUUCAAUACAAUUUUUUAGACAAUUUAAGUGGCUUAUCUUAUUUAACGUGUGCUAUGUGACAACUAUAAAUAUUUGAGAAUGAAUAAAUCUAGAUCAGAAUUCUCGUCACGAAACAAAAGUUUCAACAGCAACGGUAGCAAAACGAAACAAAAGCAUGGCAAGUACUGGAAGAAAAAUAAGGCCUCGAUUACAUCGGCUAGUAGUACACCACCUGGAUUAGCUAAAACGAAAAAUAUCAAUAAAAAUGAUUAUACUCCUAACGGAGUUGGAGGACAGAGUAAGCAGCAAACUGAUAAUUCGAAGUCUAAAAAGAAAAAGAAUCCAGCAGUGAUUGUUGAAAAUGGUAAACCUUUCGAGAAGUCAAAUGUAAAUGGCAAAAUUAAAAAGAAUAAAAAAUCAUCGAAUGUUCAAAACUGCAUCGACAUUGCUAAUCCAGAUCAUAGUCAAAAACAUAGUCCAAAAAAAGCAACCAGCAAAAGAAAAAGUCAGCAGGACAUCGCUGGCAUUAAGAAACCAAAGCUGCCUAGGUCGGAAUCGGAUAGUGAUGCCGAAGACUACAUCGACCGGUUUUUUCACGAUGUUACAGUAGACACUGAAGAGUUACCGGAGGAAACCAGUUCCACCGGGGAGGAUCUUUCCAGCGAGUCUGAUUCCGAAGAGAACGUCGGUGACGAUGGAAUGCCUUUCGAGGAGCUGCUGAAAUAUUACGGCCAUUAUUUAGAUAAAAAAGUGACCGGCACUGGUCCGAGCAAAACAAAAAAGGUGGGAAAAGUGAACUGUAGUAAAAAUCCCAAAUCGGCAUUUACCAACGGAUGGAUUGAGGAAGAUAACGACGUUGGAUUGGUCUAUGAAGAUUCAGACGACGGACAGGAUGAUCAGUGCAAGGCGUUGGUUCCGGUGGAUGAUUCGCUCGAAACAUCGGAUGAUGAUUUUGAUUAUCGUCCUAGUGAUAGCGCAGGAGAAGAGGACGAAGAAGAUGAUGAUGAUUAUGAGGAGCUUUCUGAUGAACUGGAGGAUGAUUCGUUGAGUGAGGAGUAUUCUGAUUGCGAAGGAUAUUCUUUCGAAGCUGAUGAUCAUUUCGUUAGUGAUUCCGAUGAUUACGAUUCGGAGGAUGAUGAUGAAGAUGAUGAGUUCAGCAGUCUUGAUGACGACGACGAGGAGGAAGAGGAUCAAUCUUACUGGGAUGAUUCGUACAACAGUGAAGAUGAUGAAGAUUAUGAACCGUCGGAAGACGACGACGAUCUGUUUAUCGGGCGUGGAACUGCUAGAAUUUACGAAAUUGAUGACAAUAACGUGUCGUUCAAUAGCGAUAUUGACUCAGCUCAGAUUGUGGAACUACCUCUUGAGGGUCGAAAAUAUUCAGUUACCACAAGUGCAACAGAAAGUCAGUCUGAUAAUGAAGCAGAUAACAACGGUGACCUUUGCCCCGAACUUGUGCCAAUUUAUGAUACACAUGGAAGACUGAUAGAAAAUACGGAUAUGCUGAAUGUGGAAAGUAAACAUCAAGUUAAAUCGCCAAAAAAAUCCAACAAUUGUGAGCUUGCGUCAGACCCGUGUUCGAGUCAAUUGGAAGGAAUGCAGAGCGACGACGAUGAUCAAGCUUUCGCUAGUGAAGCCGCUAUCUCAGGGCAGUUGAACACUAAUGACAAUGCGUCGAGAGACUUUCGCUUCUACGAUUCAAUCGACAUGCGCAUGUCGCUGAUUCUGCUAAAAAAUCCCAUCUACUUCAGUGGCAGCCUAACGGUUCAGCCUCUGAUUGGUAGCGUUGAAGUUAUGGGCUACCACUUGAAACGAGGCGAAUGUCGAAGUGCAUUUGCUGCCCGUGGUUUCAACAGCUUGAAUCUAACGCCUUAUCCUGCUGGAACUGAUUUUACAAAGCAGAACAUGGACGAAGUGCAACAGCGAUUAGCUACGCACUUUCUGAAUGCUGAUUUGAAAGAAAUUGCCGAAAUCCUAGACCCGGCGGAAUCAGUGCUGGUGCUUCUACAAGCAGAUUGCAACAACCAGCGAAUUGAAGUGGUUGAGAAGUAUUUACCGGAAGAGGUCAUAUUUCCGAAAGUAGAACUAUUGAAAAGGGGUGAAUUCUUCACUACCGAGUACCUACUGAAUGCGGAAUUCUAUACCGAGCACGUGUUUAAAAGCACUGCCUUGUACACGAACGAUCCGCAGUGGGACAACAUUGAAAUCGGACAGAACAGUAAAAUCCUGGUGAUGGGCGGGAAAACUUCCGGCAAAUCUACGCUUUGUCAGACUCUGAUUAACAAAAGUAUUGCCUCGUUCAAAAAAGUUGUACUGAUCGAUUUAGACAUCGGUCAGCCAAUCCAACAUGUUCCUGAGUCCAUCAGUGUGACAGUCGUCAACCGACCACUGCUUGGAGUGGCCACGUUCGAUCCAAUUGCACCGGAAAAAUGUUGGCUCUUUGGAAGCUUGGACGUCGUUUCGUCUCCAAUCUUCUACGUUCAAAACGUUCGUCGUCUGGUGCGGUACUGCCAAGAGCACAAAGCCGAAUUGGCCAACAUUCCGUGGAUCGUGAACACAAUGGGAUACGUUACCGGGUUCGGCGAAGAAUUGAUGGCGGCCGUUAUACGAAUGCUCAAUCCUACCGAUGUGGUUGAGAUUAGAAACGAGAACAAAUCCCUACCGAUACCGAACUUCCAGAACACGCUCAACAGUAGUUUCAUAAGUCAAUACAACUUCAAGGUACUGCAGGCCGAAAUGCAAGAUUUUUGUCAGCGUAAGACAGUCAACUAUCGUCAUCAUCUGCUGAACGUUUGCUACUCUCAGAAAGGUUUCACACUAAAUGCUCCGAAACGUCGCAACCUGAUGCUGUUGUCUCAUUUGGCCAACAUCCUGAACGAUUCUUCUAGCGAGUGGUUCAACGAAGUACGACCAUUCUGUGCGCCACUCAGUAAAUUGCAGGUGUUAAUAACCCGUGACGAUCAGACCGUCGCGGACGACCAGCUGCCAUCGGUUCUGAACGCUACCUUAGUCUAUCUUUGUCGGAAAACGGAUAACAAUCUGUACGAGUGUUUGGGAAUUGGCAUCGUUCGCGGCGUCGACAAGAAUAAUAACGUUUACCUGCUACAGUCACUGUCCCCGGAACUGCUAGCGGAAGUAACGGUGCUGGCGAUUUGCAGUAGCAGCCUACCGAAUACGAUCUUUCUGCAGCAGAGUGCACGGGUUCAGGGCAGUAUUCCCUAUGUUUACAAUGUUGUUUAGGCAUCACUGCGAAUUAUUACGGUUCAGCUUAGCUGCGUGUGCGACGAAGAAUGUCUGUUGUGUAGUUUUGUAUGGUUAUUUUUUUUAUUUUAAUGUAUUUAUUGGAUAAAGCAUUUAGCAAGCAAAAUUUUCUGUUUCUUUCCGAGUCUGACUAAGGCAGUGAUAAUAAAAUCAAUCAUUAUUUCAAAA